AUGCAGCACAAGCGUAUCGCCUUUGGCCUUUUGGCCGCCUUCGCUUCCCUGGCUUCUGCCGAGGACAAGUCCGAUGUUCACCAGCUGACCGAGAAGACCUUUAACGACUUUGUCGAGGCCAACCCCUUGGUUCUGGCCGAGUUCUUCGCCCCUUGGUGCGGACACUGCAAAGCCCUCGCCCCCGAAUACGAAGAGGCUGCCACCACUUUGAAAGAGAAAAAGAUCAAGCUCGCCAAGAUUGACUGCACUGAAGAGGCUGAACUCUGCCAGAAGCACGGCGUCGAGGGUUAUCCCACCCUCAAGGUUUUCCGCGGCGCUGAAAAUGCUGCCCCCUACAAUGGCCAGCGCAAGGCUGCUGCCAUCACCUCUUACAUGGUCAAGCAGUCGCUGCCUGCCGUUUCUGCCCUGACCAAGGAUACCCUGGAGGAGUUCAAGACGGCCGACAAGGUUGUUGUCGUCGCCUACUUUGCUGCCGAUGACAAGGCCUCCAACGAGACUUUUACCAAGGUCGCUGAUAAGCUCCGUGACAACUAUCUGUUCGGCGGUGUCAACGAUGCCGCUGUUGCCGAAGCCGAGGGUGUCAAGUUCCCCUCCAUUGUCCUGUACAAGUCCUUUGACGAGGGCAAGAACACCUACACUGAGAAGUUUGAAGCUGAGGCCAUCGAGAAGUUUGCCAAGACUGCUGCCACUCCUCUCAUCGGAGAGGUUGGCCCUGAGACCUAUGCUGACUACAUGUCCGCCGGUAUUCCCCUCGCCUACAUCUUCGCCGAGACCCAGGAGGAGCGCGACGCGCUCUCCAAGGACCUCAAGCCCGUCGCGGAGAAGUACAAAGGCAAGAUUAACUUUGCCACCAUUGACGCCAAGGCUUUCGGCGCUCACGCUGGCAACCUGAACCUGGAGACUGACAAGUUCCCUGCCUUCGCCAUCCACCAUACUGUCAAGAACCACAAGUUCCCUUUCAACCAGAACGAGAAGAUCACCCACGACGCCAUUGCCAGGUUUGCUGACGACUACUCAGCUGGCAAGAUUGAGCCUAGCGUCAAGUCUGAGCCCAUUCCUGAGAACCAGGACGACCCUGUGACCAUCAUUGUCGCCAAGAACUACGAACAGAUUGUCCUUGAUGACAAGAAGGAUGUCCUUGUUGAGUUCUACGCCCCAUGGUGCGGUCACUGCAAGGCUCUUGCCCCCAAGUACGAUCAGCUCGGCGAGGCGUACAAGAAGUCCGAGUUCAAGGACAAGGUUGUCAUCGCCAAGGUCGAUGCCACCGCCAACGAUGUUCCUGAUGACAUUUCUGGCUUCCCUACCAUCAAGCUCUUCGCCGCUGGCAAGAAGGAUAGCCCUUUUACCUACAGUGGUGCCCGUACUGUUGAGGACCUGAUUGAGUUCAUCAAGGAGAACGGCAAACACAAGGCUGCUGUCUCUUUCAAGGAGGAGAGCACCGAGGAGGCUGCCCCUGCCGCUUCGGAGAAGGCGGAGAAGGACAAGGAGGACAAGACUGAGAAGGCUGAGGAGAAGAAGGAUGAGGAUCACGAUGAGCUGUAA